AUGGAUGAGCUUGUGACUUGUUCAAUUAAUUGCCAAAAUAAACCAAUUUUUGUAUGUGACUGCUCGGACAAAAAUGUGUUUUUAUGCUUAAAUCAUGUUGUAGCGCAUGGAGAAUCCGAUGGAAAGCAUCAUUUCACACGAAUCAUGAAAUCUCCUGAUCCUAAGACUAUAAUUAUUAUAUUUGAGUUUAUAAAAGGCUUAAAGUUACGAGCAAAGCAGGAUCGUUGGAAGAUUGUCAAAGAAUCAUCAGCAUUAAUAAAACAAAUAAAUGAAACAACCGAGAAAGCAUUAGAAAAGAUUUUUCUUAUAGAGAAAAAAUUAGAUGAAUAUGUAUAUUUAUGUGAGACCUUAGAAGAGGUCAAUAAUUUAAACAGCAAUAGCUUUAUUGAAUCGGCAUUAAAAUUAUCUCCUGAAAGUGCAGCAAAAACUUAACUUACUAAUUAUAACGCUUAACGUCCACUACGGGGUUGGCUAAGCCCAGACCUCCGCUUGCCUUUCGUCGCAUUGGGCCCACAGACCUCUGGGCCAGUCCGCUUCGUUCACCAAGGUGCGUCUAGGGGCAAGUGUUGCCAGCUUCGACGGCUCAUGGAUGAGCUACUUGCUUGUGACAUGGGUUGCCAUUCCGAAAACCUAAAAAAUGGAUUUUCUGGUAGGCUUUCGGCAAAAAGGAAAAACACGUAGCCUGGGACGUAACGCCCAGUUUCACGCUAGGGAGUUGCCCGAUGGGUCGUGUGGACUCUGCUGGGCUUCCCCUUUCCAAUUGCCGUGCUUUCCUUCCCCACGAGGAAAAAACCAUCUCUGAGAGUAGACUAGGGCUAGGCUCUGUACUCCACCAGAAUUGCUUACCUAGCAUUGCCGUCCAUCUCUGAAAAGGCAAAACCUUGCUAGAUAUAAUUAAAAUAUGAGUCGAGGCUGCAUGGCCGGAAGGCCAUGCCCAGACGAAGACGCCAUAUUUUAAUUAUUAUCUCCUGAAAAUGCAGCAAAAAUAAAAUGCCAAGAAGAUAUAAUUAAGAUUAACAAUUCAAGCUUGAAAAAAAGACUGAAAAACUUAUUUACUGUUAAAGAUCCAAAAAGUUUAUUUGAUAUUGAUAAUUUUGAAGCUUCAACGCCUAAAAAAGUAGGGCCGAUUAUUAAAUACUUUAAAAGUCAGACUCUAUUUGCAGUUGAUGUUAUAUCACUAAACUCAGCAUCGCAAAACAUCAAUAAAAAUUUUAUACAAUGAGACCCAACUUGCUUGCUAAACGAUGGUUCUGUGUUUUGCUGCUUUCAGUCAGAGACUUUUAUUAUAGAUCCAAAUAAUUCAAUAAUUGCUUUGGAUUCUUCUCGAUACAGUUAUAAUUCUGGACUUAUUGCGGUUGAUGAUUUUGUUUAUAUGUUUGGAGGAGAUGGAAACGCUUCAUUAAAAUUUUCAUUAAAAUCGAAGAAUUGAACAGAACUUUCGCUUUUUCCAGGAUCAAUGGUGAAUAAUACUUGCACUUUUAUUAACUGGGUGAUCUUAAUUUUAGGUUUUACUUCUCCUGAUAUAUUAUGCUACAAUAUUUUAAAUAAUUCAUAUUCAUAUGCUCCAAUUACAUUAAACUCAAAUGCAGGGAAGAUUUGCUUAACCGCUAAAAGCAAGGUCUAUAUAAUUAGCAAUAGAAGCUGCUAUGAAAGUGGCUUAAAUGAUAUAAAUACAUGAGCAUCAAUCGGAACUACAAAUGUGUUUGAGGAAUAUCAUGGUCGCCACUCAUACUCUCUGCUCUAUGAAGAUAGCUUUUACUUUAUUACCACAGAUUAUGGAUUUAUUCAAUUCGAUUUGUCAACAAAACAAUUAAAGCGUCUUAAGACCUUAUAA